AUGUCAUUACGAGAAGCUGGUUCAACACGUGUGAAGCAGCUGGAACAAUGUUAUUUGAAUGUGUCGCGUGGUGAAGACGUUCUUUCAAUAGAAUCUUUACUAGAUGCCUUGAUAUGUUUGUUUGAUGAAUGCUGUAGUUCAACAUUACGUAAGGAGAAAAACAUUGCUGAUUUUGUUGAAUAUGUAAAGCCAGUAGUGGUGAAAGCUAAAGCAUUACGAUUAUGCCGUGAAGAUUUUGAAGUUCUUAAAGUUAUUGGACGUGGUGCCUUUGGGGAAGUGGCAGUAGUACGAAUGCGCAAUACUGAAAGGGUAUUUGCAAUGAAAAUAUUGAAUAAAUGGGAGAUGUUAAAACGAGCUGAGACAGCAUGUUUUCGAGAGGAACGUGAUGUCUUGGUUUACGGAGAUCGUCGUUGGAUAACUAGUUUACAUUAUGCCUUUCAAGAUGAACGCAAUUUGUACCUAAUAAUGGAUUACUAUGUGGGUGGUGACUUGUUAACAUUGCUGUCGAAGUUUGAAGUACGAAUACCUGAAGAUAUGGCUAGAUUUUACAUUGCUGAAAUGGUACUUGCGAUUGAUUCAGUUCAUCGAUUAGGAUAUGUGCACAGAGAUAUUAAGCCAGACAAUGUUCUGUUAGAUAUCAAUGGCCAUAUUCGAUUAGCUGAUUUUGGAAGUUGUCUCAAAUUGCUUCCUGAUGGGACAGUACAUUCUAACGUAGCGGUUGGUACGCCUGAUUACAUAUCACCUGAAAUAUUACGAGCCAUGGAAGAUGGUCGCGGACGAUAUGGAGCUGAGUGUGAUUGGUGGUCGCUUGGAAUAUGCAUGUACGAAAUGUUGUAUGGGGUUGCUCCAUUUUAUGCUGAAAGUUUAGUGGAAACAUACGGGAAAAUUAUGAGCCAUCAGGAAAUGUUAGAUUUUCCGGAUGAUAUUGAUAUUUCGGAAGAAGCGAAAGAUUUAAUGAAGCGAUUGAUUUGUCCACGAGAAACUCGUCUUGGCCAAAACGGCUUGGUAGAUUUCGCAUCGCAUCCAUUUUUUGAUGGCAUUGAUUGGGAAGCUGUUCGAGAAAUGGACACGCCAUAUCGUCCAGAAGUGUCAAGUCCAACAGACACGUCAAAUUUUGAUGUGGAAGCGUGCUCUCCAGAUUUCACACCUUGUGAUACAAAACCGCCGAAUGUUACCGCUCCUUUCACUGGACAUCAUCUACCAUUUAUAGGAUUUACUUAUACUCAUGACAGCAUGUUGUCAGACUGCAAAAGUUUAUCGCUGACAGGGCUAGAUUCAAGUGCUGACUCACUUCCAGCUUUAACAGCUGAAGCGUAUGAAAGAAGAAUUCAAAGGUUGGAGCAGGAGAAAAUUGAACUUUCACGAAAAUUUCAAGAAGCAAGUCGUUUAAUACAAACUCGUUUUCAUGGGUCAGCUCCCGAUGGUGAUAUAGCAUAUGAGUCAGUGAAUUAUGAGCAAACUAUUGCUCAGUUAAAAGAUGAAGUUCAGAUUCUGAAAAAGCGUUUGGCGGAAGAAAACAGUGCAUCAUUAAGGCCUGUUAAGGAAUCAAAUCAAGAAGAACUAGAAAAAAAAAUAAAGGAAUUGAAAGAAAAAAAUCGGCAAUUAAUUUUAGAUAAGCAAGAUUUGCAGCGGGAUUUGGAAGAAACAUCCGAAAGACUAACGAUACAGACGCGAGAGUUAAAAGAGGCAGUGAAGCAUCGAGACUUGGCUAAACAAGAUUACGAUGAAUUGAACACGGCAUUAUUGGAUGAACGAGAUAAGCUAAAACGGUCUGAAAAGAUAGCUAAAGAAUAUGAAUCAGAAAUUUCGCAGUUACAACAAAAGCUUGGUUUAUUCAGGUUGGAACUCCGAAAACUUGAAAAUAUUCGAAAAGAAGCAGAGGCAACAGCAGAACGUACUCAGCAAGAUCUAGCAAGUGAACGUUUACUACGUGAGACGUUGCAAACAAAGCUAGCAUCACAAGAAUCAAAAACUGAAAGUGAAGAAGUAGAACGUUUAACAUACGAACUACAAAAAGUGAAUGUACGUUACGCUGAAAUGGUUGAAUCGGAAGAGAAGAAACGGCAGCAGACUGUGGAUUAUUGGCAGUCACGGGUAACGGACUUGCAAAAUGGUUUAGAUCAGCAACAAAAGGAACUGACGAAAAUGAAAGAACGCCACGAAGAGGAAAGAGCAGAUUGGCGUAUGAAACAUGAUGAACAGAUAGUUAACAUUGAGAAUCUUUAUGAAAGAAGGUUGAAAUUGCUGGAAGAAGAGAAUUGUCGAUUAGGUGUUGAGAACGAAGAAUUUAGAAAUGAUAUCAAUAAAUUGCAAGCAGAAAUCAAAUCAAGAGUUGCGACAUCAUUUUCACUCCCAAAUGCAUCUGGUCUAACCGAAAGUCAACUUCAGGAGCUGUUGCAGUGGGUUAGUGAUGAAAAGGAUGCCAGAGACUCGCUUCAGAAUUUGGCGACGCGUUUACAUGGAGAUGUGGAAUCUCUAAAAAUGCAGCAGUCAUCAUCUACGAAUAAUUUGUCGCCUUAUUCUAAUGAUAAAGGGAACAAUAUCAGAACGAAACUAAAACUCAUAUCCGUGGUUUCAGGAUUUUCAACCGAUAGAGCUGGAGGUUGGGGAUCGCGACGUGUAAAUAAACAGACAAAGAUUGAACUUUUAGAAGCACAGCAAGCUUUGCAGUCUGAGAUACGAGCAAAGCAACAGCUUCUUGAGGAGCUUAAAAAGAUUCGUUGUGCUUAUUUAGCUACUAAGCAGCGAUUAGAUGAGUCUGAUAAGCAGGUUUCUGAACAAAACCGUAAAAUUGAACGCUUGACGGAAGAAAAAGAGCAGUUGUCGCGUAUUUUGGCUGGGCAUUCGGAUUAUCCAGAGGAAAGCAGUUCAUUUUUCAAUGUCGUUGGUGAAAUAAGUACUGAUAGGUUGUCGUCAGUUCGAAAUAUCUCAACUUCAUAUUUUGAUAAUUCUACUUUGGCCGUAAAUGGAAAUGAUUAUGAAAUUUCAAAUAGUUCGAUGAGACGAUGUCAUCAGAUAAAGCAUCAUCAGCAGCAGUCAUUUGACAAUAGCGGAAGCUCACCGAUGUUAGUUCCCACAUAUGAAAAUACACGAGUUCUUACGCCAACACCCAGUGCUGCUUCAACGUUAGUUAUAGGCACACAAGGACGAGGAGCCAGUCCGAAAGUCAUUCAAACGUUGAACAAUGCAUUAAAUGGCAAGGGUCACCGUUUUUCACAUAUACACUUGCAAACUCCAUCUAAAUGUGCUUACUGUACAUCUAUCUUGAUUGGCCUUGAUCGACAGGGAUUAUUCUGUCAAGAUUGUCAAUAUGCUUGUCAUGUUGCUUGCUUACCGAAGGUACCUUUAGUUUGUCCAGUCCCACCUGAAGCAAGAAGGCCAUUAGGAUUAGUAAAGACACCAAAGCCAUCUGGUGUCAAAAGAGGCUGGCAGCCUACUUACGUCGUUGUAUGUGAUUUCAAGUUGUAUCUUUAUGACUGUAACACUGAUAAGCAUGGAAAAGCAAUUGAUAUUCAUCCAGUAAUUAGACAGGUUUUGGAUAUGCGUGAUACCGAUUUUACGGUAACAGGUGUUACAGAAACCGAUGUGAUUCAUGCAUCAAAGUCAGACCUACCAAAAAUAUUUCGUAUAACGACCAGCCAAAUCCACGGUGUAUUACCAACAUCAGGAAUCAAUACAACGGGAUCAACAUCAAGUAGUGGUAGUGCUUCAUCAGAUGGACCUGUUUCCCGUCAGUAUACCCUUCUAAUGGCAGAUAACCAUGAAGAAAAAACGAAGUGGGUCAUUGCGCUAAAUGAAUUAAAAAGUCUGCUGCGUCGUACAAAACUUGCUGAUAAAAGUGCCUUUGUAGUAAAGGAAGUAUUUGAUUCGAUAACAUUUCGCGAACUGCGUAACGCUCAGUGUGCUGCAAUUAUAGACAAGAAUAGAAUUGUAAUGGGGUUCGCAGAUCAUGGUUUAUUCGCUAUCGAUCUGGAUCGUGAGUCUAUAACACUGGUCGGUGGUGAAAAAGAAAAUAACAGACGAACAGUAGAACGAGUGGAAUAUAAUGCUGAAGAACAGUUGCUAGUAGUAAUGGUUGGUCCCCAAAAGGAUCGUCAUAUUCGUUUGAUACCUAUGGCUGCUCUCGAUGGUCGAGAUUUGAAGUGGAUCAAAGUACCGGAAACUAAAGGGUGUCAUUUGAUGACAAUAGGUGCAGGUUCCUCGAGCGAUCCAUGUCAUUAUUUCUGUGUGGCUAUUAAAAAAACAGUUCUCGUUUUUCAAGUUGAUCGCAGUGAGAAACGACAUCGAAAAGUUAGAGAAUUGGCUAUGCCAGGACAGCCUCAAACUAUGAGAGUGAUGCGGGGUAAAUUAUGCGUUGGUUAUCCUUCAGGUUUUAGGAUGUGGGAUCUCGUCGACAACGCUACUACUGCUCUGGUAAAUUUCGAAGAUUCGUCACUUCAGUUUCUAAAUCAAACAUUAUAUGAUGCUCACUUAAUUAUCAAUGUCAGCGGGUAUGAACAGAAAGAAUUCCUUUUAAUAUUCUCUCGACUUGGAGUUUAUGUCGAUGCACAAGGUCGUCGAUGUCGUUCACAGGAGUUGAUGUUUCCGGCGGAAGCAUCGCAGGGUGGCUUUGUAUGCAUAAUGCCUCAUUUAUGUGUGUAUUCAGUCAAUGAAAUUGAUAUUUUCAAUGUGAAUAGCGCUGAAUGGGUGCAAACGAUUAAUUUAAAUAAGGCAUUCCCGUUAACGAGUAACGGAUUACUUACAAUGUGUAUGGUAAACGAUAUGCCAUAUGUCGUGCUGCUUUCAGAUGUGCUUUCAGAUGAGGAUGCUGUUAGUAUUCCAGUAUGGACAUCUUCUGUCGUCUCUAAUUCAUCCUCACUUUCCCUAAAGGGUAUCGUCGCAAAACGUAGACGAAAGUUUUCGAUACGUACACCACGAGAUGAUGAUCGUCAUGGAAGGAUUGGGGAUCGGCGUAGUCAGUUGCCGAUCAGUGGUCCGUCUGAUUUUGUUCAUAUUGUUCACAUGGGACCCGGGGCAGGACUUGAACUUCAAAAUCUGAUGGAUCUGAAACAAUUAAGUGCGACUCACACGCAAAGCAGUGCAUCUGUUGGAAUUGGUGCAGCUGAUAAAGUACGACAGCUUAUUAAUCCUAUUAUGCGCUCAAGUAGUACCACUACCACUAAUUUGCACAGUAUGCAAACAUUAAGUAAUGUAUGUCGGCGAGAUUUUGAAUUGAUGCAGUCCAAAACUCGUCCUCUAAGUUCACACAGCAAAAGCUCUGAUGGUUCUUCAUUAGGACGUGAUGGUUUGCUUAGUGGAACACAAUUAACAAGUCAAGAAAAUUCAUCUUCCGAACAACCUGGUCCAACACGACGUCCUGUGAGAGCUAAUUCACAAACAACAACAACGAGUCAGGUUUCAACAGAAAACCGAAAUGAAAUAGCUCGUAUGUAG